GAGUCUCGCAGCCGGUCUGCACCGGGUUUUUCAGCACUUCCUUUUUGCAUUCGACAGAUGGUAUCCAUUCAAUUUUUGGAGUAUCCGAGAAAAAUAAUCUAGUUAGUUACGAUAAAAUAGACUUUAUUUUGAAUAGAUUGGCUAUUUUUGGAACUAUAAUAUACCGUGAUCGGAGGAACUUUUGAAUUAUAGUUUCAGGUUUUAUCCCGCGCCCGCCCUCUGUACAUUGGUGCGCGCGCUAAUUAGCUUAGGUUAGCUGCUCCGAGCACUCUUCAGAAACCACUACAUUCACGAUUGGAUGUACUCCUGCUCCACUGCAGUAAUAGUUACACAAUGGCAGUCUCCUCAUUUGGCUUGAUUUCUGAGCUCCAAAGAAAUUGCAACAGAAUAAUUAUAAUUACAGGAUAGCAUUAACCCUAUAUUAUUGCAAUACAAUACCUAAUUAUUUUCUGGUUAAAUCCAGAACUGUUAGAAAUUUGCACUGUAAAUAAAAUUGCCUGUUGGACAGGUAGCCCUAGAAUUAUUUAUUAUCUUUACCUCUUAGUGAUUCAUCCCUUAACCCUUAUAUUGUGAAGAAAAUAAUUAUGGAUUCCGCAACUGCAACUGCAACUGCAACUGCAAUAAUCCUAGCAGCCACUGCUGGAGUAGUAACAGACACACCACUGACAGAUUACAUGUGGCUGCUGAUUGUUGGCUUUAUUAUCGCCUUUAUCUUAGCUUUUUCUGUUGGGGCCAAUGAUGUAGCAAAUUCUUUUGGCACAGCAGUAGGCUCUGGAGUGGUGACAUUACGGCAGGCAUGUAUUUUGGCUACAGUAUUUGAAACUUUGGGCUCAGUACUUCUUGGCGCAAAAGUGAGUGAAACUAUACGCAAGGGUAUUAUUGACGUAGGCAUGUACAGUGGAUCUGAGCAAGUGUUGAUGGCUGGAUCUGUCAGUGCUAUGGUUGGUUCUGCUGUCUGGCAACUGGCUGCCUCCUUCCUUAAGCUCCCCAUUUCUGGAACACACUGCAUUGUUGGUGCUACUAUUGGCUUUUCACUAGUCGCCAGAGGCCAGCAGGGUGUCAAAUGGUUUGAACUUCUAAGAAUUGUGGCGUCUUGGUUCCUGAGCCCUCUUCUUUCUGGUAUUGCAUCUGGAAUUGUUUUUUACUUUGUACGCAUGUUCAUUCUUCAAAAGAAAAACCCUGUUCCAAAUGGAUUAAAGGCCUUGCCUGUUUUUUAUGCCAUAACGAUGGGAAUCAAUCUGUUCUCCAUCAUGUUCACUGGAGCUCCAAUGCUUGGAUUUGACAAAGUUCCAUGGUGGGGCAUUCUUCUCAUAUCUUUGGGCUGUUCAUUGUUAACGGCUCUUAUCGUGUGGUUUAUUGUAUGCCCUUGCCUCAAGAAGAAGAUUGAAAGAGAUGUCAAGUCGUCGAGCCCUUCUGAGAGUCCCCUGAUGGAGAAAAAGGAGCUCCGAGAAGUCCACUGUCCAAUACUGAAGCAGUCCUCCAAGGAGUUGUCAACACCUGCCGCUUCUGCUACAAAUCAAGAUCCUGCAGGUCAGCCCCCAGCUGUCCCUGAGGAGCACAGGGUGGCAUUUGACAUUGGAGAUUCUGGUGAUGUCGACAAUAAUAAAGAACGCAGAGUGGCAUUUGACAUUGGAGAGUCCGAUGACACUGAAUACAGCAAUGAAACUAAUGUUCCAAAACAGGUCCAAUCGAACAACCAAAUCAACCAACAAACAUUCAGCAAUGGUUCUACAAAUGUUGCCAACCACGUGCAGUUCAGUAACAGACCAGCACAGAUCCCCAGCAACGGCUACACGCAAUACCACACAGUUCACAAAGACUCCGGCCUCUACAAAGACCUGCUGCACAAACUUCAUUUGGCCAAAGUUGGAGACUGCAUGGGUGAAGGCGGCGAGAGGCCAAUAAGACGCAAUAACAGCUACACCUCCUACACCAUGGCUAUCAUCGGGAUGCACGGUGACUUUAAGCACAAGGAUGGGGAUUUCCGUGCUAGUGAGAAUGGAGACAAGGGUGCAGGGUCAGGUGGUCAAGAUAGGAAACGUGUUCGUAUGGAUAGUUACACUAGUUACUGCAAUGCUGUAGCUGAGCACACAACCCCAGAGGGCCUUGGAGAGGGAGAGGUGGUGCUGGAUGUAGGAAAGGAGGAUGCAGACAGCACUCGGAGCUCUCUGGAUGAUGAUGGGCCUGAGGCAGACAAACCAGAAGUCUCUAUACUUUUCCAGUUUCUUCAAAUCCUCACUGCUUGCUUUGGUUCCUUUGCUCAUGGUGGUAAUGAUGUGAGUAAUGCCAUUGGCCCCUUAGUGGCUUUGUGGCUAGUCUACACAACAAGCAGUGUCAGUUCAAGUAACCCUACCCCCAUCUGGCUGCUGUUAUAUGGUGGAGUGGGCAUCUGUGCUGGUCUCUGGGUUUGGGGACGCAGAGUCAUACAGACUAUGGGCAAGGACUUGACCCCAAUCACUCCCUCAAGUGGAUUCAGCAUUGAAUUGGCUUCAGCUCUGACUGUUGUAAUUGCAUCAAAUAUUGGUUUGCCUGUAUCCACAACACACUGCAAGGUGGGUUCUGUGGUUGCUGUUGGAUGGCUCCGCUCACGGAAAGCUGUGGAUUGGCGCUUGUUCAGAAACAUCUUCAUGGCAUGGUUUGUCACAGUGCCCAUUUCUGGCCUCAUCAGUGCUGCCAUUAUGGCAAUCUUCAUCUAUAGCCCCAUUCUGGUAUAGUUUGCAUUCAGUUAUCAUUAACAUAUGCAUCAGAACAUCUUUUGAAGAUCCAACAAAUCCCAACAGUAGAGAAGACUUCUUUAAUAAGGACCAUGACACCUUAAGCCAACAACUAAGAGAUUGUUACUCCAUCUUUUACCUAAUCUGAAUCCACUGCUUUGAUUUGGAACAUUCACCUCCAGAGAAGAUUUUAAGUCAUUUUUCUCUAACCAUUUCCAUAUCACUGAAUUUUCGUUUGUCUUUUUUUUUUUACUUUGAAACUUUUGUAUAUACACUUGUGUUUUGUUUAAAAUGUGUUUUUUCUUUCAACUUUUAAAACAUUCAGUGUUAGUCUUUUGCCAGAGGAGUCACUCUUGUUAACAUACUGACAGUACUGUAAUUGUCAAGCAGUAAUUUUAGGCUUAAAUUAUUAGUGUGUGUGUGUGUAUAUAAAAUGACUCUUAACUGUUAAACAUGCAUUUUAUGAGUUGAAGCAUUGAAUCAUAAAAAGCUAUGACAUUACCUGUCAGUAUGUGCUAUAUCCACUUCAUCUCAUUGUUUCUGAUGUACUAAUGCUGUAAACUACUUCAGUUACUUGAGACACAAGAAAUGUAAGGACAGAAUGUCUCUGGGGGGGGAAUUACCUGCUAAAACUUGAUUGCAUCAUGGAUGGUUAAAUGCUUUGGGCCUGCCCAAGCCUUGUUCAUUUCAGCUAGUACUGAAUGUUCAGCUCUACUUUUCUAGAAAACAACUGCCUAGAGUUUUGGGUUGCUCUUGCUUAGACCUUAUAUAAACCACUGCGUGUAAAAUUUUAUAUAUUGGAAGUGGUCCAAGUGGUUGGAUUGAACAAUCUAUUUAAGAAAUGUGUGCUAUUUGGCAGCAGUGCUAAAUGCAUUUUGACCUAUAGAUGCUGUAGAGGCCUUAAUUGUUUCAUUUUCCCUUAGGUACCAAAGUUUUUUUUUAUGCACAUCAACAUGACAUGAAAAAGAUUAUAAUGAAAAAAUAAAUAAAAAUGUGGAAAAAAACAAACAAACCUAUAAAUAAAAAGUAAAACAUC